CUGUCCUGCAGUCAGACUGACACGGAUUUGAUCCCAGCUGCCACUUCCCAGGUGGCGCUAGUGGUAAAAAACCCACCUGCCAAUGUAGGAGACAUAAGAGACAGUUCAAUCUCUGGAUCAGAAAGAUCCCCUGGAGGAGGGCAUGGCAACCCACUCCAGUAUUCUUGCCUGGAGAAUCCCAUGGACUGAGGAGCCUGAUGGACUACAGUCACUGGGUUUGCAAAGAGUCAGACAAGACUGAAGCAACUUAUCCCACAGCACAGCGACUUUCUCACUUCUUGACUGGGUGAUCCUUCUUUCUGACCUUUCCUUACCUGUAAUGUGGGGAUGUUAAGAGCACCUGUGAGCUUUCAGUGGUAGAGGAGUGAGGAGAAUCCAUCAUCAAUCCACUCAGGGGUUAGAGUCUGCAACUUCCCAUUUAACUUCCUGGUUUACGGAACCACCUUUGGGUUAACCAAACACCCUUGCCAAAGAGCCUGGAGAUUUAUGGGAAAAGGAGAGAGUCACAGGUCCUGGGCUUAUUUUUCUCAAGGCUGAAUUGUUUGGCUGCUGUCAGAAUGCAUCUUUUCUCCCCUUUCCAUUCCAGCUAGCAUAACUGUCCCUUGGUAGGAGCUGUUGCUAUGGCAACUUGGUUCUUCCCCCGAAAUCUGGCAGUCUUGAGCUCUCUUAAUUCCGGUACUUUAAUCUUAGAGAUAGAGCCCACAGACAAGUUGAAAAGGAAGUCACACCUAAAUCAGACUGAAGGACAUUCAUAUACCCCUGGCCCUGCAAUGACCUGCAAUCAAGUCUCCAGUUUGGAAAUCCAGCUUUCCCUCCAACACUGUAGAUCUUUCCCACACCAUCAGCCAUCGCAUCCCCUAGGAGACCUUCCCUGACAGCCUCCAGCACUCAUCCACAGAAAGAGCCAAUCCCUUUUACCUUUGAGUCUUCCCCCUCAGCACCUACACAUUGAAACCAUCUGUUUGCUUCUCUCCUCUGUGAGCUCCUCAAGGGCAGGAACUGUGUCAUGUUCAUCUGCUUAAGAGAAGGCUUGGAUGGAAUAGGUCCUUCCUACAUUUUGUUGGAUGACUAGGAAAUGAAGAGUAGAGGUGUUUGAAGGUAGAAAAUUAACUUCUGUGAUCACUAAGUGCAAGCUUCGGGGUAAAUCAGAUUUGAGUUCAAAUCCUGUGACAUUAUCACUUAAUAACUGGUUGAUCUUGAGCAACUUAAACCUCACCUCCUUAAGCCUUAGUUUCUUCAUCUGGAAAAUGGGGGUUUACUACGUUCUUCAUAGGAUUGCUGUGAAGGUGGAGUUAGUAACUAUGUACAGUUAAUAGACUGUGAGGGGAGGUCUGCUUGUUCCUCAUUGUUCCAGCUGCCUGACACAAAGUAGGUGCAUACAUGCUUUAUUGCUGCUGCUGCUGCUAAGUCGCUUCAGUUGUGCGACCCCGUGGACGGCAGCCCACCAGGCUCCCCCAUCCCUGGGAUUCUCUAGGGAAGAACACUGGAGUGGGUUGCCAUUCCUUCUCCACAUGCUUUAUUGAAUGGAUUUUAAAUGAUGAAAGGUGUUCAGGAAGCUGGUUUGUCAGAUAAUAACUGAUGUAUCACCUCAUGUGUAAUAAUCACUAAUAGAGUAUUCGGGUAUUUUUGUUAGGUCUGUGGGGCAGCACUUAGUAUCCCCCAAAUGAAGCCUGACCCUCAGUCUCUUUUCAAAUCCCUGUCUGCAUUGGCCUGUGGGCAUCUCCAGGCAGAUACUGCGUGGGUCUUACCCACAUUCUUAGUGCUCAGCCCAAGAGAAGAGGCCUCUAAAAAUUCUGAUGAACAGCUAAAUCUAUGUUUGCACCAUACAUUACUAUUUAUGAGGCAGUUUUACACCUGCUGUAUUUGGUUUUACUGACCUUGUCACCACCAAGGAUAUUCCUGUUAUUUAAUCCCAUGGACCCUUAUUUUGAAAAAGUACCCAUCAAACACAUUCCGUUUGUUAUGUCAUGCCAACUGCAGCCAGAAUUUCUGAUCUAUACGAAAUAAGAAUUUUUAUCACCAUUCCCAGCACAGGAUGCGGACACACAGAAUCUCCGGUGGUGGAGCUGAACGUGGGGGGUGAGUUCUAUACCACCACCUUGGGCACCCUGAGGAAAUUCCCAGGCUCAAAGCUGGCAGAGAUGUUCUCCAGCCCCACCAAGGCCUGCCUGGAUGCCGAGGGACGCUUCUUCAUCGAUCGCUGCGGCACCUACUUUGGACCCAUCCUGGAGUAUCUGCGCAGUGGGCAGCUGCCCACCCAGCACAUCCCGGAGGUGUACCGUGAGGCUCAGCACUAUGAGAUCAAGCCCUUGAUCAAACACCUGGAGGACACGCCGCAGAUCUUCGGUGAGCAAGUGGCGCGGAAGCAGUUCUUGCUGCAGGUGCCAGGCUACAGCGAGAACCUGGAGCUCAUGGUGCGUCUGGCGCGGGCGGAGGCCGUGGCGGCGCGCUGCUCCCGGGUCCUGGUGUGCCUGGUACGGAAUGAAAAGGAGGAUGCAAACUGCGCAGACGCCCUGCGCUUCCUGGAGGCGAACAAAAGGUCAGUGGUCAAAUUCGGGCCUUGGAAGGCAGCCCUGGAUAUCAGUGACCUCCUGGACUGCCUGAACAUGGACAUUAAGGCCCAAGGGUACCAGGUAUGCUAUUCACACAACAGUCCGUUACCAGCCAAGGUCUCCGACUACUUCUAUACGUUCAGCUUCAGCUGGUGGUGAUCCCCAGGGGCCGGGGCUCUUUGUUAUGGGCGGUGGUGGGAAGUAUGAAAUUAAAAGUUGCCUUAAAGAGCCAUCUUUCUUUAAACUACAAACAACAACAACAACAACAACAACACAACACACAGGAGUUCCCUUGUGGUCCAGUGGUUAAGAAUCCACCUGCCCAAUGCAAGUGACAUGGGUUUGACCCUUGAUCUGGGAAUAUUCCACAUGCUGCAAGGCAACUAAGUCUGUGGGCCAGAACUACUGAGCCUGCCACUCUGGAGGUCUGCUCAGCAACCAGAGAAGCCAGCACAAUGAGAAGUCUGCCCACGAAAGCUGGGGAGUAGCCCACCCUCCAGCUUGCCACAACCAGAGAAAGCCAGUGCACAACGAAGACACAGUGCAGCUAAAAACAAACAAAUAAAAUUUAAACAAAAAACCAAAUAGACAUCAAAAAUUUCCAUGGUGGUCCAGUUGAGUUUUGCCACCAAAUGUUUGUUUCCCUCUUUGGGUUCUUUCCAUCCACUGCAACUGACUCCACUGUACUUGCCUACUGAGGUGCAGCUGUUUUCCUCCUUAAAGUCUCAUGUACCUGCCAGACCCUUCCCUGAAGUCUAACAGCAAUGUGGGGAUGAGUUGGAAUGUUUCAACAAUGCUUUGGCUGGAGAUGUGGGAUGACAGCAGAAAAGUAAUAGGAUGUCAUGAAUCUAGACAGUCAGACCUAAAAAUGUAAUCCAGCCAGCCUCAGCUUGUGGUCCACUCUUCUAGCCCUGGUGUCUGCCUUCAUGAGGAAGAUGCCACUUUAGUACUUGGAGUCAAUGCUGCUCAGAUCUUCUCUCCUGGGUGCUGUGAAUGUUGGCUGCUGAAACCUCACAAGUGUCCUCUUCUGUAGAGCAGGAGUUCUCAAAGUGUGUUUCCUAGACCAGCAGCAUCCCCAAUACCUGGGAACUUGUUAGAAAUACAGAUUCGCUAGUCCCUACCUCAGACCUACUGAAUCAGAAACUCUGGAAGUCUGCCCAGCAGUCUGUUUUAACAAGUCCUCCAGGUAAUUAUGAUGCACCCUAAUUUUGAGACCUACUCUAGGAAAGAAUUGACAUCUCACUUGUGUGGAGGUUCAGAACACUGAUCCCUCACCUCAAGGAGGAACGGGUCUGAUGUGGUUCCUAUUUUAGCUCCUUGUGGGAUCAGGCUGAAGUCAGCCUUUGCUGGACACCACAUUCCUGUUUAGCGGUCUUCUUCAACUUUACCCUGCUUUCCUCACUCCGCUUCACUUGAGAACACAUCCUCACUAAGCCACUUAAACAAGAGACUCUCUCAGGUUCUACUUCUUAACCAAAGACAUUAGGUAACUUUAAGGAGGAAACCUUCAUCCUUCUCCAAGUUCAGGUCUGGUGUAGAUAGCCCCCAUUCCCUACCUAGUUGGGAAUUCCCUACUACCAGCCAUCCUGGGCUCCCUGGGACUGAAGGUCAAGUUUAACUGCCAAGCUGUAAGAAAUUAACACUGAAUCAGGAAAUUUCAAAUUUAAACAUAAAAUUUCUCAGAACAUAGUUAUUUUCAGUGAGCAUUUUAAUUCAGUAACUGCAUCUGCUUGUAUAUAUUUUUUAUUCUCAAAGCUUGUUCUGUAUUUUUCUCUUUUUUUUGUAUUUAAUAUGGCUGACAGUUUAAAGUAGAAAAAUGCUAAAUGUCUAUUUGAACUUAAUGUCAUGAAUUAAUUCAACAUUAUUCAUAAGCAGCCAGAAAAAUGUUCAUACCCUUUGAUCAGUAAUUAUACUUCUGAGAUUUGAUUCCAGAAAGACACUCUGCUCCAUAAGAUCUAACAAGGAUUGCUUAAAAUCUCACUUUUAUGAAUUAUGGAAAAAUCAACGUCCUCCCAAAGAUUUCUGCACAUUCCAAGAAGGUCUGUCAUUUUACAGUCAGUUCUGGUUCUCUGCUCCUGCUAGAUUCAUUCAGCAUUGGGAUCAACUAGAUUUCUUAACCUGUUGUGCUGUUCUACACAAUGCUUACCCAGAGUUAACACUCAAAUCUUUUCCUUAACUUUUACAGAUGCCACUCGCACCAACUAUUUGCUCACAUAACAGGCAAAUAAAGGGAAGGGAGUUUACCACACAGAAAUGCAAACAACUUCAAAUUUAAUAUUGGGCAUAUCUAUUCUUAAAAGUGUCUUGGUCACCCUAUCACUAGAGGCUUUUCACUAGUAGAUUGUAUUUUUUUUCUACUCUUUUCUUUCUUCCCUAUUCCUGCCACGCUUCUGUGUGUGUGUGCUCAGUCAUGUCCAACUCUUUGCAACCCCAUGAACUGCAACACACCAGGCCUCUCUGUC